UGAUCGCUCUGUUUGCCCUGUGCCCUCCAUCCCUGGGCGAUCAGACAGACGGGGGAUAUCCGAGGAGCUUUGAGCGAGGAUGGGGACACAGAUCGACUGUUGAUGAAGGUACAGUUUACUUCGCUUUCACUGGCAUAGCACGCUCAUCAGCGUUUGACAUUGUGACUGUGGAGGGUGAAGGAUGCUCGGCUGCAGGAAGGAAAGAGAUGAGUAGAGGGGAGGGAGGGGGGCACGGACCGGAGAACAGAUGGUAUUUCGGGAAAUGCCACCGAUGACAUGGCUUUUGGAAAUCUGAUGUAGAUGCUGAACCAGAGGAGAGCCCAGGGAGCAGCACCAGCAGCAGUGGGGCUGUAGAUGCCCUCUCCACUGCUCCGUCCCCAGCCCCCCCCGAGGCUUCUGUUGGAGAGCCUGGACAGCGAGGAGACAGCUCUUGCUCUGACUCUGACAGUCCUUUAGAUUCCAGCUCCUGCGAGGAAGAAGAGGAAGAGGAGCAGGAGGAGGAAGACGCAACUAUGUUUUCCUCUAAAUUCCUUAGCGGGGCCAACCCCCUCAAUGCCGUAUCCUCUGCUGUGAAUAAGUUUGGUUUAUUUGGAGAUGAUGGGCAGGGGGAUAAGAAUAAGAAAGCACCUUCACAGCAGGGGACACCAUCUGGAGGACAGCAGCCAGGUUUAGGCCCUGACAAAGUCCCUCAACAACUGCAUGGACCCCAAAAAUCAGGUCAGGGCCCACCUAUGCAAAAGGGCCAGCCUCCUCCUAAACAAGGAUCACCACAGUUGCAUGGGAAUGGACAAGCUGGACCCCCAAACAAGCCCGGUGUGCAACAAGAUGCUCCAAAGGAAGGGACACAGGCUGAAGACCAGCUUAAAGGACAGCCACAAAAAAAUCAACCUAAGGGCCCACCACAGCAAGGUUUGCCUAAGCCUGGAGAUCAACAACAUAAUGUGACUAAGAGUGGAGUUCAACCUGGAUCUCCAAAGGCAUCAACACAACAGGUUCCACCAAAGACAGGGGUGCAACAAGGGCCUGCUAAGACUGGGGUGCAAGAGUCCACAACGGUUGGGUCACAAAAAACUGGCUCACAGCAAAGGUCACCGAAAGUAGGACAACAACAGGGCUCACCUAACGUUUCACAGCAACAAAAGGGUUCCGCUGGAGUGGCACAGCAACAACAGGGCUCAUCUAAGGUGGGACAACAACAACAAGGCUUCAGGACUACACCCCAGCAGCAGUCCUCUGAAAAGCCUGGGCCUCAACAACAAGGCCCUAUGGGAUCUGGGACACCUGGCUUGUCCCGGGCAGCGGCUUCAUCACCGGAACCAACCAAAGGCGAAUCUCAGUCAAAAAGAGUAGCAAAGUCCCUUUGCCCAGUAUGUAAGACAACAGAGCUUAAUAUGCACACAAAGGAACCACCUAAUCAUAAAACCUGUACACAGUGUAAAACUGAAGUGUGCAGCGUGUGUGGCUUCAGCCCUCCAGACUCUGACGGGCAUGAGUGGCUCUGUCUUACCUGUCAGAUACAGAGAGCUCAAGGAGCUUCUGAACCACCAGGACCUUCCAUGAAAAAGCCAACACCCAACCGGACCCUCUCUCCCGCUGCACCUGUCAAAAAAGAGAUGUCAUUACCAGGUUCACCUCAGAAAUUGCAGUCUACAUCAGAAAAAGUGCCAGCUAAAGGUGAAGCUGCCAAAGGACCAGAAAGUCAAAAACAGGCCAGCCCAGCUUCUGUUAAGAAAAUGACUCCUGAGACCCAGAGAACAUCAGGGUCUCAAAAACCAGACCAGACUAGUCAAACUGGACGCAAGCAAAGCAGUGCCCCGCCGGAGUCAGGAGGUUUAUUUGGCUUUGGUGGUUCUAAAACUGAAGCUGCAAAGCCUGGAGGGAUGUUUGGGUUUGGUUCCUCCAUUUUUAGUUCUGCAUCUACCUUGAUAGCCUCAGCUGUUCAGGAUGAACCUAAAACCACACCACCAGUUUCUCCCAAGAUGCAGUCUACAAAGGAGACCAAACCAGCUACUGUCCAAAAGUCAGUGCAAGACAAGAAACAAGAGCAACCACAGCAGGCAAAGGCUCAUCCCGUACAGGUCAAAGUGGCCAAAGCUUCACCAGAGACUCAAAAGGCAGAAACAGCAGCUGCCUCCCACAAUGCUCCUAAAGGAGGUCAAUCCACUUGUCCACUCUGUAAGGUGAUGCUGAACAUGGGCUCUAAGGAUCCCCCCAACUACAAUACCUGCACUGGAUGCAAAAGCACUGUCUGCAACCAAUGUGGAUUUAACCCAAUGCCAAAUGUCAGUAAGGGCAAGGAGUGGCUUUGUCUGAACUGCCAGGUGAAACGAGCUGCCGGCAAAAUUGAACCCCAAAAUGAAACAUCUUUGGUCAGUUCCUCGUUUAAGAAAACUACUCCAGCACAGCAUGCCGUACAAAAGACUUCUGCACCAGGCUCUCCUCAGAGAAAACUAUCUACACCCGCAGCACAACCAACCAAGGCGGAAGCUGCUAAAGGACCAGACAGUUUUAAACAGGUCAGCCCGGCUCCUGGUCAGAAAACACCUCAGGACAGCCAGAAGACAGGUCCUCAGAAACAACCAGAGAAGACAAACCAAGGUACACAUAAGCAGGGAAAUGUUUCUGCAGCUGCACAGGAAGAGUCAGGUGGGUUCUUUGGUUUUGGUGGCAAAAGUCAGCCCGACGCUGCAAAGCCGGCAGUGACUGGGAAGAUGUUUGGUUUUGGUUCCUCCAUCUUUAGUUCUGCAUCUACUUUGAUAUCCUCAGCUGUUCAAGAUGAGCCCAGAACUACACCGCCACUUUCUCCCAAAAUCCAUCCUCCAAAGGACUCUAAUUCCUCAACUGUCAAGAAAUCCGAACAGGAGAAGAAACCAGAGCAAACCCAGCAGUCCAAGGGUCCUCCAUCAGCACAGCAAAAAGUGGACAAACCUCCAUCAGAGCUGCCAAAGAAAGCACCGGCUUCCCCAGUUGUUUCUAAAGCAGGCCACUCUACCUGUCCUCUCUGUAAACUGGAACUCAAUGUGGGCUCUAAAGAUCCUCCCAACUACAACACCUGCACAGAGUGCAAAAACACUGUCUGCAACCAAUGUGGAUUUAAUCCCAUACCAAAUGUUAAAGAGGUGAAAGAGUGGUUAUGUCUCAACUGCCAGAUGCAGAGAGCACUAGGAGCAUCUGAGCCUCCGGGAACUCCGAUGAUAAAACUACAGGCAUCACCAAAUAAAGUCCCUGUACCUGCCAGUGCCCAAAAUAAGGAAACUCACCCACUAGAUAAACCUCAAAAGAAAGACAUUCAAACACUAGCUGAAUCUAACACAAAGGAGACAUUUGCAUCAGGUUCCAAACCACCUACACCAGCAGAUCAGCCAGCAAAGCAGCUACCAAAAACUGAAGUCUUGAAAGGAUCAGAAAGUCAGAAACAGGUCACCCCAGCUCCUGGUCAUAAAACUCCACAGGAGGUCCGAAAGACAGGUCUUCAGAAACCUCAAGACCAGACAAGUCAAACUGGACAUAGGCAGAGUAAUACUACCUCAACUACAAAAGAGGAAUCUGGCGGGUUCUUUGGAUUUGGUGGUCCUAAACCUCAACCUGAUGCUACAAAGCCUGCUGAAUCAGUGGGUGGAAAAAUGUUUGGCUUUGGUUCCUCCAUCUUCAGUUCUGCAUCCACUUCAAUGAACACAUCUGUCAAAGAUGAUUCCAAAACAACACCACCGGUUUCUCCCAAGAUAUCUGCCGGGAAGGCAAACAAAUCACCUCUUGCUCAGAAACAAGAGCAAGAGAAGAAGCUUGAGUCCAAUCCCUCUCCAUCCCCACAAGCCAGACAGAAAGGACCUCCACAGGAUGGAGCUGCUUCCCCAGCUGUUUGUAAAGCAGGCCAAUCUACCUGUCCACUCUGUAAGGUGGAACUCAACUAUGGUUCCAAGGAACCUCCCAACUAUAACAACUGCACUGGAUGCAAAAGCACUGUCUGUAACCAAUGUGGAUUUAAUCCAAUGCCAAAUGUAUCAGAGGUAAAUGAAUGGUUAUGCCUGAACUGCCAGAUGCAAAGAGCUGUUAAUGCAUCUGAACUCACAGGACCUCCAAUGAAACCUCUCAGUACUCCAACUGCUGUACAUCAGAAGAUAACAGCUCCUAAUCAAGAGGAAUCUCAAAAAAUAGAGUUAUCAAAAUCGGAUGCACCUUCAAUGAUGGAGACUCUGGUGCCUGAUAUAUUUAAAAAGAAGGGGAGUCCCACACCAGGUUCUCCUCAGAAGACACAGGCCACAGUGGUUACAAAGACAACGAAUGCUGCUAAAGGACUAGAACUUGACACACAGGCAAGCCCAACUCUUGGCCUGAAAACUCCUCUGGAUAUCCAGGGGGAAUCAGGUUCUCAGAAACCAACUGACCAGACAAGUCAACCUAGACUAAAACAGAGUAAGGUCACCCCAGAGACAAAGCAGGAGUCAGGACACCUUUUUGGCUUGAGUGGUCCUGCAACAGGGCCUGAUGCUUUGAAAACAACAGAGUCUGUGAAUGGGAAGGUGUUUGGCUUUGGUUCCUCCAUUUUCAGCACAUCAUCAAGUUUGAUAUCAUCUGCUCAGGACGAAUCACAUACUACACCACCAGGCUCUCGUAAGAUGUCUUCACCAGCCCAAGUCUCUCCCAAGAUGUGUGCUGUGCCCAAGAUUUCUCCGAAAAGUACCAUAACAGUUUCUCCAAAAAUUUCCCCAGCAAGAGAGCCCAAAAUGCUUGCUCAGAAAUCAGAGCAGGAGAAGAAACCAGAACACUCUGCAACAAGCUCCCAAAUAUCUUCCAAUGAAAGCCAGGCCACCUGCCCACUGUGUAAGGUUAAGCUUAACAUCGGCUCCAAGGACCUUCCAAACUACAACAACUGCACUGAGUGCAAUGCAUCUGUCUGUAUGCAAUGUGGAUUUAACCCAAUGCCUAUGGGAGAGAUGAAAAGAGCCGUUGGAGCAUCUGGGCCUCCAGGACCCCCCACAUUGAAGUCCCAAACAUCAUCAAGUAAAGUUCCUUCACCUGUUGCAGUCCAGGGGAAGGAUUCUUUCAAACCAAAUACACCUCAAACUAAGGACAGUCCAGGCCCUGCUGUACAAAAGAAGGAAGCCUCGGAACCAGUAUCACAACAUAGAAAACAGUCUACACCAUCAGUGCAACCAGGCAAACCUGAAGCUCCUACUGCACCAAUAAAACAGGCCAGCCCAGCACCUGAUCAUAAACCACCACAGGAAAGACAGAAAACAGUUCCACAGAAGCCAACAGAUCAGGCUAGCCAACUUGAUGCUGUAAAGCCUGCAGAGUCAGUAUCAAAAAGGGAAACAGAACAUAAGCUGAGUAAUGCCAUGGCAGCGACACAGCUGCAGUCAGGAGGCUUCCUUGGUAUGGGUGGUGGUAAAACUCAACCCGAUGCUGCAAAGCCAGCAGAGUCAACAACAGGAAAAAUGUUUGGCUUUGGCUCUUCCAUCUUCAGUUCUGCAUCUACUUUGAUAACCUCAGCUGUUCAGGACCAGCCCAAAACUACUCCACCAGUUUCUCCCAAGAUGUCGCCAGCAAAAGUAAUCAAGUCCCCUAGCUCCCAGAAGCUGGAGCAGCAGAAGAAGAUAGAGCCAUCUCAGCAAACAACACCCAAAUCAAGACAGGCCAAAUUGGACAAAGGCCCAUCAGAGCCUCCAAAGGCUGCAGCAGCCUCCCUUGUAAAUGUCAAACCAGGCCAGUCUACCUGUCCACUCUGUGAAGGAGUGGUUGUGUCUCACGUGCCAGAUGCAACGAGCUCUAGGAGCCCCACAGCCCCAAGGAGUUGCUUCCGUCAUCUCUCAGAUACCUGUAAAACCACAAAAUAA